AGUCCUCGGACGCCGUGAUCAGAGGGGGCCUUCCAGCGGUAUUAAAACCAGGUCGCGGACUUAUGACGUCCUCUUCACCCGCUACCCCAGAGUAGGAAACGAAAUUGACGUUCGUCAUCCAUCCCUUUCCAACAAUGGCCGAGGAAGGCGUUGCCGCCGGAGGUGUGAUGGAUGUCAACACAGCUCUCCCCGAAGUGCUCAAGACCGCACUCAUCAAUGACGGCCUUGCCCGCGGUAUCCGUGAGGCGGCCAAAGCCCUGGACAAGCGCCAGGCCCAUCUGUGCGUCCUGGCCGCCAACUGCGACGAGCCCAUGUACGUCAAGCUGGUGGAGGCCCUCUGCGCCGAGCAUCAGAUCAACCUGAUUAAGGUCGACGACAACAAGAAGCUUGGUGAGUGGGUCGGUCUGUGCAAGAUUGACCGGGAGGGCAAACCCCGCAAGGUGGUGGGCUGCAGCUGCGUGGUUGUCAAGGACUAUGGCAAGGAGUCACAAGCCAAGGAUGUCAUUGAGGAAUACUUCAAUGCCAAGAAAUGAGAGACAAUAAAAUGUUGGAACUG